UAUAAAAUUGAACAAAAAUCAAAUGUUAUUGACUCUCAAGUGCCUACAAAUAUACAAUGUACUUUGUGUUUUAAAAAUACAAAACGCGUAUAUGUAACAGUAUAGCUUCACAAAUUGGGUGUUACAACAGACCAGUACUAUCAAUUACAUCUUAAUUUUUUUCAGACAGAACAGCAGUCAGAAACAAUUUUAAAAUCCAAUACCACAUAAGUAAACUGUUGUCAAGCUAUUGAUAUCACGAUCAAGCAGUGGUUGUGUAAUCAACUUUAAACAUAUAUACACCGUAUCGGACCCUGCCCUCGUUUCAGUUUUUGACCAUUUGAUAUCUAAUAUUACAUAUAAUGCGAAUCCUGAACAUCGUUCCUACGAAAAGAAUGGCCACGAACUUAAAAAGAUUCAUCCAAGAUGCAAGGUUUAAAACUAAGUAUACGAGACACGCGCUUCGGAUCAAUAAGACUUAUUGGUAGAAAAUUGAAAACAACACGUGUAAUAUUUGUUCGCCUCCGAAGCGCUUUUCUGGAUUAACCUUCACCAGGAACGCUCAAAGCCAACCAUUUGAAAUCCGAAGAUAUAUAAGUACUUCUAAUGAAAAGUGUACGAUACACCCUUGAUGGCAUUUAUGACUGCCAUGGGGCAGAAACCGUAUUAUUUCAACAAUUUAUACAUGUACACGGUAAAUAUACGGAAAUAACCGACGAUGGAUUGCGGGAAAAUUUUAUUAUUAUGUUUGGUUUGAUAUAGUAAUAAACAAUAUAAUAGUACAUGUCUAAAUGUACUUUUAUAUUAUUCAUUUAUGGAUUUCUCUUUCAUGAGUGUUCUUGCAUUUAUUCGUACUGUUUUCCUGUCAAGUAAUUUUAGCAUUCGAACGAUAUUUUUAGCAUUGUCGUAUAAGCGGGAGGUUUAGCUAGCCGUGAAACUAGGUUCAACCCACUUUUUUUUUCUCAAAAUCAGGAAUAUGGCAGUUGUAAUUAAAAGGUUCGUUUCCAUAUUGUCGCAUUGGCGAUUGUUGUGGUUGCAUUUUAUUGUUUCUGUUCUUCCGUUGUUUCCAUCACAAGUUGAUGCGUUCCCCGCGGUUUAGUUCGUUACCCUGAUUUUUUUCUUUCACGUGUAUAUUAUUAUUCUGUUAACAGUGAAGCAAGCAUGCAUAUACAUGAUGUACACUGCAAAACAACUAUCACAACCUUGUUAAUGUAUGUGAUUAUUUAAUUUAAGGUAUGAAAUGAAUGAUAAAGAUAAACCAGCUAGUAUGACGAUAUACACAAUAGGUUAGAUGAUCUCAUAUACAAAUGAUAUGAUUGGGUUAGGUGGACAAUUAUAAACUAGUGUUAAAUAUUAAUCAAAUACAUUCAUAUGUUAUCAAUAUUUACAAAUUGAUAUACUUUGUCUUUAUUUGCAUGAACUUGCAACUUCUGUAUAUGAUGAAUUGCAUUAUCGUGUGUUUUCCGUGACAUGUCAAAAUGCAGUUUUCAUUUAUAAAAUUCAAAUGACUGAUAGUACUGCUCUUAUAUACCGACGAGAAAAAUGGUUAAUAAUUAUACCAAUUUCACUGGAGAAUAUAUUAAGAAAGUGACUGAUAUCGAUAUUGCAGUUACCAUAACAACAUGUUGUCUGUCUAUUAUUGGUGCUCUUAUAAUUUUUAUAAACCUUGGAAGGACAUAUAAACGGGGAGACCAUAUAUCUGAACCAAUGAAACUUUUGAUAUAUUUAACUAUUGCGGACAUAUUUAGUGCAAUAGGAUUCUUAUUUGGAGCCAUUCGUUUUCUGUAUGGUGACGACAUCAGUCCAGAGAAAGUUUUAGCAUGCCAUAAAGGAAAUGAUUCCGGUUGUAUUGCGCAAAGUUUUCUGACCACGAUGUCUAGUAUGUCUUCUUUUUGGUGGACGUCAAUUAUUGCAUUCCAUCUUUUAUGGAAUUCUACAGACAAAGAAGGAAGCUGCAACCAACCAAAACAAGCCAGAAAGGAUAAUAUCCAAAUGUUCGUUUAUCAUUUACUUAGCUGGGCAGUACCAGGAGCCAUCACUAUUACAGCAAUGGCCAAGGGAAUUCUGGGAUCAGAUUUAUCUGUAGGAUCAGGUGCAUGGUGCUGGAUUUCUGCUUGUCUGUCUGAUAAUGAAAGAACCAUAUGGAUGGCUGUUUCAGGAAAAGGAUGGGAAAUAUUGAUGUAUUUUUCUUGCCUUGGCUUUUACAUGCUCCUGAAAUUUCGACAAAAGUGUGCCAUGAUCCGAUCAAAACGGAAACAUGCACAAGUAGAUAGUUCAACACCGUUAAUUCCAUCAUCAAAUCGUCCAAAUGAAGACAUUAGAUUUAUGUAUUUAUGGUUGAUUGAAUUGUGUUUGAGAUGUUUUGGGACUGUUCGAUUUAUAAUGGCAGCUAUAAAAAGACAUACUGGAUACAGAUCGGUUCACUAUGAAGAUGUAGACAUUUAUUUAAUGCAUUUUCAAUGUUUCGGUGACAGUGCUCAAGCUUUUUGUUCUUGCUUAAUAUUUUUUGGCUUUCGAUGAAAUAUUCUACACGAUUAUA